AUGGAAACCCAUCCAAUCAGCUGUCUCAUUCUUCUUGUUACAGCUGUUCCCUGCUACUCAAACAGUUAUGCAACAAUAGAAACCCCCUCUCUGGCUGCCUUUGUGGGGACAUGUGUGGAGAUCAAAUGUAAAGUCACUGGAGAAGUACCUGAUGAAGAUGCUCUGUGGUUCUGGAUGAAGGAUGGGACAUGGUUUGGAAGUGAAUACAGUGGCACCAUUGUCUACAACCCAUGUCUAAUCACAUUUGACAAUCCAGCACCUGUACAAGAGAAUCAUGACAUCAGUCUCACAUGUUCUACUCCGAAGUCAUGUUCUAAAUACUUGGAAAUUGAAAGUGUUCCUCCAUCUGGUUUAAGAACAUCUCAGUCUUCUGUUAGUUUUACAGCAACAGCGUCCUUCAGAGCCUCAUGGAGGGACAACAACAAAGAGUUCACCUGCCAAACACGAGGAAACAAGGACCCACAACUGAUUAAGAAGAUCAGAAUCUCAGUGCUGUACAAACCAAAAAACACCAACACUGAAAUUGUUGGUCAAACCAGAGAAGUAGAGGAGGGUCGUUCAGUGACCUUCAAAUGUAACAGUGAUGCCAACCCUCAUCCUGGUUCAUACUACUGGUAUAAAGACAGUAAAUAUAUUCAGUACACAGCUGUAAACCGUCUGGAGAUGGAGAAAGUGCAGAGAGCAGACGAGGGCUGCUACAGCUGCAGGGCGACCAACAAACAUGGAUCAGGAGGUCACAGCACAGCCGUGUGUAUACAGGUGUCCUCUCCUCCCACCAGUCUGACUCUGUCCAUGGACUCAGAGGCACAAUGA